UUGAACGCGGUACUGUCAAGGCAGAGUCAGUCAAUAUGAUCGUGCGAAAGGCGUUGAUGCUCUUGUUAAGUCUGGUGUGUGCAGCAACGGACUGCUGUACAAUCGACCCGAAGUUAACUUCGCUAAGGGGAGGAGGAGGACGCCAGGCUUGGAUACAGGAUUUUUGUCGCACCCCAGGCAACGAGUUCUUCGCAGAGGUCCCGUUGAGCUUCAUACGCGAGAGCAUGAAUUCAAUCGAUAUCGGAAGGGGGGUGGAUAUACCGUACAGACAAGAAGCGCUCGGAGUGAUUCUGGGAGAGAGAAGAAUAGGCGUGGGUGUGCACGGCGAUAACAAUGCAUCAACGGUGCAGUCGUCGGCAGCGCUCUUGUACGGAUUGCUUCAUGCGAGAUUUCUAGUGAGCCCACAGGGGUUAAAAGUCGUGCUCGAAAAGUUCUCCAAGGCAGACUUCGGGAGAUGCCCCAGAGUUUAUUGCCAAGGCCAGGCCGUGCUUCCAGUUGGAGAAUCGGACAGACCAAAGCAGAGUUCUGUGAAGGUGUUCUGCCCGCGCUGCGGUGACCUUUAUUAUCCGUCGGGAUACGUGCGGGCAUGCGACGGAGCAUUCUGGGGAACAACCCUGCCCCACCUCCUGUUGCUGGGCUGGCCAGAGCUGAAGACUACGCCAAACACGUCUCACUACGUGCCCAGGGUGUUCGGGUUCAAAGUACACGCGGAAGAGUUGAGUGCUCCAGAUCAAGACGGUCGCCAAGAGAGGUUAUCGUAGUAGCGAAGCUGCAGGAGCGUAGGCGAAGAGCCCUUUGUGCAGGUGAACAUUAGUGCUUCGGUAUAUCGUUGAAAUCGAGAGCAGCAGUGAUAUCCCCCCUGCUGUGGGAAACAUGUGAAGACGACGACUUAGUGGGUGUUGGGGGUGGGUAACCUGGAAGGGGCAAAUGAUGC